AUGGCCCCUAUCGAACGAAUCACCCUCUUCAAGAUCCCCAACGAGGCGGAUCGCGCCCGCGUACUGGAGCAGUACAAGGUCCUCGCGAAGACCGCUACAAAAUCCGCAUCGUUCAGCUACGACGGCAAGCCCUACAUCGUCGCUGCUGCUGUUGGCAGUUCGAUCCCCGAUCCUCGCAAUAAGGGGUACAACUUGUCUGUUAAGACGACAUUUGCUUCGAUGGACGAUAUGAAGUACUAUGAUAACGAGUGUGAGGCGCAUAAGGCUCUCAAGGCUUGUGUUGGGCCUGUCAACGAGGAUGUAUUGACGACUUUCUAUGAGAAUAUUUUGUAA